AUGUGCCAUGACAUGCCUGCAGGAGCGAGGAUGCUACAGCAGAACCUGAAGGUUAAUUCCGAGCAGGGAGGAGUGAGUUUGGCAUGCCACCAACCUCGGCACUUCUCAGUUCCCGGAAGCCACAUAGCUGGCUUGGACCCGCGCACCACUCCAGCAUCUCUGUCGCAGUUUCGUGGUCCUCCGGCUGUGACAGGUAGUUUGCCACCUUGGGUCCGCCUGCAGGCUCUAGAGCUGACAUGGUGUGCACCUUACGUGCCCUUCAUGAAGCUGCCUCAGCGUGGCUUUUGCUGGAACUGGGAGAUGAUGAAAGAUGCCACAGCAGCCACAGAGGCCCUGAAGGUGCUGUCGGGCACCAACCACUACUCUCUGCAUAGCACGCACCUCUGGGACAGAGCCUGUGCUGUCAAAGACAUUGCACAGCCAAACCUUGCAAGCCGCAGACGGAAGUCUCGCCAGAGACCCCGUGAAGUGCAGCAUCCAGAAAUGCCUCACAGUGCCACAGUGCACCGCACCGGAACGCCUGACAGCUGCCUGUCAAGAGAAACAGAUCGCUGGUGA